GCGGGCGGGCGGCGCCUGGUCCUCGGCCGGCCUCUCUCUCCAUGGAUCCUCCGCCGGCGCCGCAUCUGCGCGAGUUCCAGGCGCUGGUGGAUCGCGCGGGCGGGCGCGCGCGGCUGCUGCUGGUGGGCGAGGCGCGCGAGGGCGAGCCUGCGCCGCGGGCGCUGCUGGAGACCUUCGCCCGGGACCUCUUCGCCGAGCCGGAGCCGGAGCCGCGCAAGGAGCCGGAGGCGCAGCCCGAUCCUCCCGCCGGAGGGGCGCGCAAGGUCCGCGUGCGCCUGGGCGGCCGGGGCUCGGCGGCGCGCUCCUCGUGCGCGCUGCUCUUCGUGCUCUUCCGCCAGGCGUCGCUUGCGCCUCUGCCUCCCUUGCGCGCUCGCCGGGAGCGGCUCCGCCUGCGCGAGAUCCUCCGCGACGUGCGCAGCCGGCUGCCCUCGGCGGCGCGCCCCGGGGUGGUGGGCGUGGUGGUGCUGGGCGGCGGCGAGGCCGAGGGCGCCCGGCUGCAGCUCGACGCCUUGCUCCGCCAGGUCUUCCGGAGGAGGCGCCCGGCGGAGCUGGACACCCUGCAAGCCGCCCCCUACAGCCCCGGAGCCGGACAGGGCGCCGCCGAAGCCCGCGCCGCCGCCUGCCGGGCGCUGAGAGCCGCCCUGAAGCUCCGAGCAGGUGAGCGCAGCGGGGCAGGCAGCCAUCGCCCCGAUUUAUUUAUUUUUUGCAUUUAUACCCAGCUCUCUUUGGCCCAGGUAGCUCCACGUGGACGUGCCGGAUUUACGCAUAAGCUAAACAAUAACUAUACAGUGAUACCUCGGGUUACAUACGCUUCAGGUUACAGACUCCACUAACCCAGAAAUAGUGCUUCAGGUUAAGAACUUUGCUUCAGGAUGAGAACAGAAAUUGGGCUCCUGCAGUGCGGCGGGAGCUGGAGGCCGCAUUAGCUAAAGUGGUGCUUCAGGUUAAGAACAGUUUCAGGUCAAGAAUGGACCUCCGGAACGAAUUAAGUACUUAACCUGAGGUACCACUGUAACAGUAAUAAUAACAAUAAUGUUGUAGUUGUUUUGUGUCCAACUCUUCGUGACCCCCUGGACCAGAGCACGCCAGGCACUCCUGUCUUCCACUGCCUCCCGCAGUUUGGUCAAACUAGACUCCAAGACUUUGGCCACCUCAUGAGAAGAGAAGACUCCCUGGAAAAGACCCUGAUGCUGGGAAAGAUGGAGGGCACAAGGAGAAGGGGACGACAGAGGACGAGAUGGUGGGACAGUCUUCUCGAAGCUACCAGCAUGAGUUUGACCAAACUGUGGGAAGCAGUGGAAGAUGGGAGGGCCUGGCGUGCUCUGGUCCAGGGGGUCACGAAGAGGCGGACACCACUAAACAACAACAACAAAAGUAGCUUUGAGAACACUAUCCAACCAUCUCGUCCUCUGUGUCCCCUUCUCCUUGUGCCCUCCAUCUUUCCCAACAUCAGGGUCUUUUCCAGGGAGUCUUCUCUUCUCAUGAGGUGGCCAACGUAUUGGAGCCUCAGCUUCAGGAUCUGUCCUUCCAGGGAGCACUCAGGGCUGAUUUCCUUCAGAAUGGAGAGGUUUGAUCUUCUUGCAGUCCAUGGGACUCUCAAGACAAUAAUAAUAACAAUAAUAAUAACAACCACAGCGGGUGGCGCUGUGGUUAAACCACAGAGCCUAGGACUUGCCGAUCAGAAGGUCGGCAGUUCGAAUCCCUGUGACGGGGUGAGCUCCUGUUGCUCGGUCCCUGCUCCUGCCAACCUAGCAGUUCGAAAGCACGUCAAGGUGCAAGGAGAUAAAUAGGUACCACUCUGGCAGGAAGGCAAACGGCGUUUCCGUGCACUGCUCUGGUUCGCCAGAAGCAGCUUAGUCAUGCUGGCCACAUGACCCGGAAGCUGUACGCCGGCUCCCUUAGCCAAUAAACCAAGAUGAGCGCCGCAACCCCAGAGUCGGCCACGACUGGACCUAAUGGUCAGGGGUCCCUUUACUUUACAUUUCCAAAAUAUAAGAUAAAAAACAAUUACUUUGAUAAAGUACAUAUUUUGUUAUGUGCAAAUGGCUUGAGAUACCUAUUAGGACCAUCAAUCACCGUAUAGCAUAUAUUCAACACAAAAAACAGUGACAAUUUGUCGUUCUCAAAGGGCAGCUGGAGGUAUGAAGGGCCCCAUUACCUUCAGUAGCUUAGGGCCUCAUCAAACCUAAAUCCGGCCCUGACGGUGGCCCACGUGGUCCGCCCCCCCAUUCAUUCCUCACGACAACCCUGCAAGGUCUAGCAUAAGAGCAUUGGCUUGAUCUAGCAGGAAUAUCCCUUUGGCCCAUCAAGUCCAGCAUCCUGCUCUCGCAGUGGUCAGCCAGCUGCCUGUGGGAAACCGGCAAUCAGGAUUCGAACUCAGGAGCCGGCUGCUGAGAUUUCUAGAAACUGGGAUUCAAAAGCGUUGCUGCCUCUUGAUCGCAGAGCACAGCCAUCAAUAGACCUCUCCUUGCUGAGUUUGUCUAAUCCUCUUUUAAACAGACUGAGGUUGAAUCCUGACAAGACAGAAGUACUGUUUUGGGGGGACAGGAGGCGGGCAGGUGUGGGGGACUCCCUGGUCCUGAAUGGGGUAACUGUGCCCCUGAAGGACCAGGUGUGCAGUCUGGGAGUCAUUUUGGACUCACAGCUGUCCAUGGAGGCGCAGGUCAAUUCUGUGUCCAGGGCAGCUGUCUACCAGCUCCAUCUGGUACGCAGGAUGAGACCCUACCUGCCCUCGGACUGUCUUGCCAGAGUGGUGCAUGCUCUGGUUAUCUCUCGCUUGGACUACUACAAUGUGCUCUACGUGGGGCAACCUUUGAAGAUGACCCGGAAACUACAACUAAUCCAGAAUGCGGCAGCUAGACUGGUGACUGGGAGUGGCCGCCGAGACCAUAUAACACUGGUUCUGAGAGAUCUUCAUUGUUUCCCAGUACGUUUCUGAGCACAAUUCAAAGUGUUGGUGCUGACCUUUAAAGCCCUAAACGGCCUCGGUCCAGUAGACCUGAAGGAGCGUCUCCACCCCCAUCGCUUUGCCCAGACACUGAGGUCCAGCUCCGAGGGCCUUCUGGUGUUUCCCUCACUGCGAAAAGUGAGGUUACAGGGAACCAGGCAGAGGGCCUUCUCGGUGGUGGCACCCACCCUGUGGAACGCCCUCCCACCAGAUGUCAAAGAGAACAACAACUACCAGACUUUUAGAAGACAUCUGAAGGCAGCCCUGUUUAGGGAAGCUUUUAAUGUUUGAUGUAUUACAGUAUUUUAAUAUUUUUUGGAAGCCGCCCAGAGUGGCUGGGGAAGCCCAGCCAGAUGGGGUAUAAAUAAUAAUAAUAAUAAUAAUAAUAAUAAUUAUUAUUAUUAUUAUUAUUAAAGCCAUCUUGGUUGGUGGCUCCUCCAGGGGCAGGGAGUUCAAUAGAUUAAUCAUGUGUUGCGUGAAGAAGGACUGUGCCUGGAGAUUCCGCUUCUCCGGGCAGGUUUGCAGUUCCCUUGCUCCGCGAACUGCCUUCCGGCCCCUCCAGCUACAUCCUUGGCUGCCAAACUACUCUAAUCCUCCAGGACUGAGGCUGGUAAUCUCCCAGCCUCUUAAAGGUGACCCUGGGGUCAUUCCAGGCCACCUCGGCUGCAAAGAGGAAAGGUAGGUAUCUUGUUUCUUUCCGCUGGGCCCAAAUCCCACGCAUCUUUACUCACUUUCCCAGUGAGUUCAGUAGCACUUACUCUGAGAGAAGCAGAAGCAUGCACCUGCCUCCUCCCCCCCCCCGGUGAUGUUUAUAGUCUUUAAAAAAAAAAUUUAUUCACUUUUCUUUUUUGUUCAUUACAUACAUCUCAAAUUCUUAACGUUUACUAUAUAUUCCUCCCUCCCUCCCCUCCAAGGCUUCCCCCAACUUGCGCUUCUGGUUUGUUUCUGUUUUCACCCGCUUUGCUAUCUCUCAACAGAAAAAGUUAUUAAUAGCAUAACAUCAAGCCUAAAAACAUAAAAAAUAAAAGUAAAUACACCAUCAUAUUUCAGUAUCUUCUAAACAUUUUCUAAUGCUGAUAAUGUGAAUAUUUAUUUAAAUCCUGCCAUCAAGUCUAUUGACUUUCUUUGUUUCUGCAAAUAUAAUUGGUUCCCAGUCUUUUUCAAAGUCUCUGUUGUCUUUUUCUCUUCUCUGUCAUUUUUGCCAGUUCUGCCUAGUUCAUCAACUUCUCUUGCCGUUGUUCUUUAGUUGGUAUUUCUCCAGUCUUCCAGUUUUGUGCAAUCAACAUUCUUGCUGCUGUAGUGGCAUACAGAAACAAAGUCCUCAUUUCUUUUGGUGUAUGUCUUGACCUAAAAUACCUAACGAAAAGGCUUCUGGGUGUUUUUUUUUACAAAAGUUAUUUUCGACGUUUUCUUCAAUUCAUUGUAUAUCAUUUCCCAGUAGGGUUUUACCUUUUUACAAUGUUUCUAGUCUUGCUUCCCUCUUCCGGGGAUUGUACACAGAGAUACAGCUGGCAGCCUCUUUUCUGGGCAGGUUUGCUUUGGGUCCCAGAAGAGGGCACCCAAAAUGAUCCAAGGGACUGGGGCAGCUCCCCUAUGGGGAAAGGUUACAGCAUUUAAGGAGGAUGUUGACAAGCUGGAAGGUGUGCAGACCAAGAUGAUCAAGGGUCUGGAAACCAAGCCUGAUGAGGAACGGUUGAAGGAGCUGGGUAUGUUUAGCCUGGGAAAUAGGAGAUAUGAUAGCCAUCUCCAAAUAUCUAAAGGGCCGUCACAUGGAGGAGGGAGGAAGCUUGUUUUCUCCUGCUCUGGCGGGUAGGACUCGAACCCGUGGCUUCGAGUCACAAGAAAGAAGAUUCCGACUAAACAUCAGGAAAAACAUUGUGACGGUGAGAGCUGUUUCAAAGUGGAAUGGACGUUGUGGACUCUCCUUCCUUGGAGGUUUUCAAGCAGAGGUUGGAUCUGUCAGGGACGCUUUAGCUGAGAUUCCUGCAGUGCAGGGGGUUGGACUAGAUGACCCCGAGGGGUCCCUUCCGACUCUACAGUUAUAUGAUUCUGUGAUUUGGGGCUGUGGAGAGAUAGCCACCAGCCUGGAUGGCUUUAAAGGAUCAGACAACAGGACCUUUUGCAGGGAGGGAGACAAAGUUGUUGAGCUUCUCUUAGGGGGUCCCCCAAAAUUUCUGAGCUGUUUGUUUUUUUUAGGAGAUGCACCUAAGUUGUUCAGCGCACCCCCAAACAACUACUCCCACGAAUCCAUGCAGCUACAAUGGCUGUGUUCUCUCUCCGCUGUUGGAGGCACUGUCCCUGGAAUCACAAAUGGCCAGAGUGCUCAUGCAUAAUAAUAAUAAUACUAAUAAUAAUACUAAUAAUAAUACUAAUAAUAAUAAUAAUAAUAAUAAUAAUUUAUUAUUUAUACCCCGCCCAUCUGGCUGGGUUUCCCCAGCCACUCUGGGUGGCUUCCAACCGAAUAUUAAAAACAAUACAGUGUCAGACAUUAAAAACUUCCCUAAACAGGGCUGCCUUCAGAUGUCUUCUAAAAGUCAGGUAGUUGUUUAUUUCCUUGACAUCUGCUGGGAGGGCAUUCCACAGGGCGGGCGCCACCACCGAGAAGGCCCUCUGCCUGGUUCCCUGCAAUCUCACUUCUAGCAGAGAGGGAACCAUCAGAAGGCCCUCAGAGCUGGACCUCAGUGUCUGGGCUGGAUGAUGGGGGUGGCGAUGCUCCGUCAGGUCUACAGGGCAGAGGCCGUUUAGGGCUUGAAAGGAAAGCACUCAGUUCCUGCUUUCACCCUCCCCAGGGGCAUCUGACUGGCUGAUCUGAGAGCAGAAUGAGCCACUCUUCAUCCCCCAGGACUCUUCUUGUGCUUCAGGACACCUUAACUGCACCUGGGGGUUUUGGAGUGUUACUCCAGAUUUGGCAAAGCAGAUCUUCCUGAGCCAGAUUAUUCUAUCUGCUGGGAGGUUUGAGCUUUGUACAUCUGGCCUGACCUCUUGCUCUCUUCUUUAUUCCAAAGACGGGGCGGAAGCCAAGAAGCAGAGGAUCCCUGCCUUCCUGCAGUGCAUCCCUUGGGCUCGGAGGAGUCGGCGGAAGGAAGGGCGUUCGGACGCAGCACCCAGCAGCUCCAGCGAAGGUCAGGUCUACUUGAGGGCUCUGUCGUGCAGUAGGGGAGGCAGCUCGUGGGAUCCGACGGCUGAUCCACCGCAACUUUUGUUACACGUGUGUCAUCCCAUGUGAAGUCCAGAAUUAGAUUCCUGAUUUUGGUUUGAAAGUCUGUGGUGCUGUGGGUUAAACCACUGAGCCUAGGGAUUGCAAAUCAGAAGGUUGGUGGUUCGAAUCCCUGUGACAGGGUGAGCUCCCGUUGCUCGGUCCCUGCUCCUGGCAACCUAGCAGUUCGAAAGCACAUCAAAGUGCAAGGAGAUAAAUAGGUACCACUCUGGUGGGAAGGUAAACGGCGUUUCUGUGCGCUGCUCUGGUUCGCCAGAAGCGGCUUAGUCAUGCUGGCCACAUGACCCAGAAGCUGCACGCUGGCUCCCUCAGCCAAUAAAGCAAGAUGAGCGCUGCAACCCCAGAGUCGGUCACGACUGGACCUAAUGGUCAGGGGUCCCUUUACCUUUACCUUACCAAUUAAACCAAGCCAAGCUUCCUGGGCUGAUUAUACGCUUUGCUUCGAAUCCCCGCGACGGAGUGAGUUCCCGUUGCUCGGUCCCUGCUCCUGGCAACCUAGCAGUUUGAAAGCACAUCAAAUUGCAAGUAGAUAAAUAGGUACCGCUCCAGCGGGAAGGUAAACGGCGUUUUCAUGCGCUGCUCUGGUUCACCAGAAGCGGCUUAGUCAUGCUGGCCACAUGACCCGGAAGCUGUACGCCGGCUCCCUCAGCCAUUAAAGCGAGAUGAGCGCCGCAACCCCAGACUCGGUCAUAACUGGACCUAAUGGUCAGGGGUCCCUUUACCUUUACUAAAGUUCCUAGCCCCCAUGGUGUGUGGGACUGUGUGCCAGUUUAGGUGCUGAGGUUUAAGAAGGAUAUCUGCAAACAGGAAUGUGUACAGAGAGUUUGGGGGAGGGAGAGAUUUUGCCAGCAGGGCCGUCUUAAGCAUAUCCAGCUCUGUGGUGCAAAGAUCCCUCCGGUGCCCCCCCUGGCAACUCCAAAACAAGGGAGGGGGUGGUAGAAAAUGUCCUCUGCCUCCCCCACUGCCCCGAUCCCCGGCGGGGUGAUGGCGAUGAAGCAGGAAAACGUGCUGACGGACAUGCUUUCCGGUGUCAUGGCGCCCAAGAAGGCAGCCCAGGAAGGCUGUGUGCUGCCUUUUGCCAGGAAGCAGCAGGAGAACAAUGACCUCUGCGGGAAUCGUUCUCCUCCUGCGGAGGCUUGGGAAGGAAGCUGCAUGCCCACCAGCCCUAUAGUUGGUGGGGCGCAGCUGGCGGGCGUGCAGGGAAAGGGGAGGCCGCCGGCAAAGCCGCGCAGCUCCCCCAAUCGCUAGGGCGCCCGUGAGAGGCCGGCGCCCUGGCGCAACGCACCACUAAGCCCUAUGGGAAAGACAGCUCUGCUUGCCAGACAAAUUUAGGGGAUGCACGGAGGGAGGACAUUCUGCCGAUGAAACCGUGCAAUUCUGCGUCUUGCUGCUUUCUGCGUUCAAUUACCCUUCAAGGUCAAGAGUGCAGAUAACUGCAACCUACAUUUGUCAAAUAGCCUAAAUACGUUACAAUACUCUCGCUUUCAGUUCCUUGGCUUCGUUUUGACUGGAAACCGUGAUGGUCUUCCCUUUGUAACUGAGACGCUCUAAAUCGGUUUUCCUUUCCCCCCCAAUGUAGAUGCCUUGCAAGACCCAGAAGAAGGUGUAUCUUUGACCAACAUGGAGCCCAACGGGAACUGUGAAGAGGCCUGUGGAGUUGCGGCCACUUAAGAAGUCCGGGAGGAACCUUCUCUUUGCUGCUAUAUCGGACUGAAGGAGCUGCCCUUUAUUUGCCUUGUAGGAAAAGCAUCAAGGGCUCAUUUUUUUUGGGGGGGGGAGCAUCUGUUAGCUCUUUUAAAGGAGCUACUUCGCCUUUGUUUGUUCCCAAGAAACUUCGCAGCAGAAGCCCAGAAGCAGCUCUGCUUAAUCUCAGCCAAGUGAAGAUGGGUGACCUCUUCAGCCUGAAGAAUUACAUGGGAACUACAUCAAAUCCUUGAGGUCCCCACUCAAAAGGCUGUGUCAUUUUCACGCAAAGUGGCGGGCAUUGUCCUCUAGUCGGGGAGCAUAUUGCUAUUACUGACGGUGGCUUCUCAGUUUUUGGGUAACUGUUUUAAUUGUCUUCUAUGGGAAAUAACUACCUUCAAAUGUGAAAUGUAUGGUGAGGAAGUAUUUAUGGGCUGAGAAUUUAUUAUGCUUGGGAGGAAAAAGAGGAACGACUCUGGUGCUGAUUUUUUUAAAAAAGCCAAAAACUUCUCCCUGUUUUCCAGCUUGAACUGUGCUUGCCAUUGCAAAGAGGAUCUGACCAGAUUCUUAGUGGAAUAUGUAGAAAUCUGGGCAGCUGUUGCUUGCCUCUUCUCUGUGGUUGUGAUAACAGUUGUAUUGUAUUCUGGAUCUAGUACGGUUGGAGUCCAAAGUACGUUUGCAGUAAACGGAGCCCAACGUAUAUAUUUUUGCAUCUACUCUCAUCCUGGGAGAGCGUUCCUAGAAGGGUUCCUUUUGGGAUCUGUCCUCCUGUCCUGCAAUUGUCCUACAAUUCUCCCAGACCAUGGUGUUCUAGGGACUGGCCUGCAGGGGCAGGAAACAGUAGUAGAGCUUAGGCAAAAAAACCCCCCAAUAUUCACAAGAAUGUGAUGGAGCCCCCAAAACCUGUCACCCAUUAAAUGCCAGAAAAUCUUGUUUCUACUGGAAGAAAAUUGCCGCCCUCUUCAGAACAAAACAGUUCCAUUAGAAAGCUUUGCUGGACUUUCUUUUGCACUGCAAGCACUGACUAGAAAGGCCUUGUUGCUGCAGGCUCCUGUAACAGGUGCCUUUUCCGACAUGGGGGGUCCAGAGCUGAAAGCCUAGCACAGAAGGAGAGAGGAAAUAAUUAUUUUUGGCAAUGUAGCUGCUUGACGUGCUUUACUUGGGAUCCUGGAUAGACCAUUAUUCCAAAAGGCAGUUCUUCUCCUGGCCUAACAUUUCAAAAUUCACUGUGAACUGUUUGUACUAUAGACAUGUGGGUGGUUUUUUUUAAAUAAUAUUGUGAAUAGUCCAUAAUGUAAAAUUGCAACAGCAGCAAGACACACUAAAAUUCCAAACAGCUGCAUCCCAUCAUAUGUGAUGUGUAUGUUUCAGUAAAGGACACAGCAAGUGUGUUCCUCAGUAUUAGAACUCAGUUAAUUUAUUCUUUUAACCUGAUGGGUUCUGCAAGUUUUACAGUGCAACCCUCUGGAGUAGUUCAGUGGGCCCUGCUCUGCAGUAAGCGUGCAUUGCAGCCUAAAUAUCACGUUUGACUAAUGUUACUGUUUCUGUUUUGCCUUCAUUGCUAUUUUGUCUCUCUGGGUUCUCUAUAAAACUCUGAUGGGGCUGGAGAUUAUAUUGAUUUAUGUUAAUUAACCUGUAAGGGGGGCUUCCAGGGAAAUCUAGAAUUGACAAAACUUUCAGGGGAAGCUUUCUUUUGCAACUUAGGCUUAAUGCAUUGGCACAUUUUCAGUUUGUAUUGGAACGUUUCCCCCGAUGCCCUAGACGAGAGAGUGACCUAAUUCAGCGUGUUUGGUCUCCUUGUAUUUCGUAAACAUAGCUAAAAGCUUUGAAACCGCCAAGCUUGGCUAAUGCUAGAUGUAUUUUCAGCUGGCAUCUAUUCAUUGCUGCUAAUGAACUGCACAAAACGAGGAGGGGAAAAACUCUGCAGAAAAGUAAAGCCUUGGAACUUCCUUUGCAGCCAACAUCACCCGUGUUAACCAUUUUUAAACCGAUGGUGACAGCAGAACAGAGUUCUUUCUCUGACCUCCAUUAGAGACUUCUGAGAGGGAGAGAAACAUCACAAAAUUUGCGAUAGGGUUGUUGCUACUUGUUGGCCAAGCUGCUGUCCAUAGUUGUUGGCUUUGUUGGGUCUUUUUAUUUGCAAAGCAUGCCUUGGGAUAGCCAGCUCCAACCUGCAGCCUUCCAGAUUUUUUGGACUACAACUGCUUGUUUUGUCUGCUGUUCUUAGGCUGUCCAUUUUAAAUUGUUAAUUUUCGGUCUCAAUGUAUUAUGUCAGGGGUCGGCAACCUAAGGCCCAUGGGCCACAAGCAGUCCAUGGGGGUCGUUUAACCGGCCCAUGGACCCCCGCUGCCUGCUAGGUCGGCUCCCAUGUGCUCCGGCAUGGAGCAGAGCAGGAACUGCCUUCUGUGACAACUGCCCGGCUUCCCAUUAGCUGCAGGAAGCUGUGCACGCCUUCUCCGCGCCAGAAGGAGCACCGGAAAUAGCGUUUGUGCAUGCGUGCGUGCACACUCCGGCUAACUGCGGCGUCUGUGGGACCGUGGAGUGGCCCAAGCCACAAAAACUUUGUCGACCCCUGUAUUAUCUGUCGACCCUAGGACCCUCAGGGUGACUACAAAUAUUCCUGAAUACUUACCUUCACGUUGGCUGUGGUUGAUGGGGUUGUAGUUCAAAAUAUCUGGAAGUUCCCAGGCUGGAAUAUCUCCCAGUCCUCCAGUGAACAGCAGCAUGGCUCAGGAAAGUCAGGAUUUUGAGACAGCCUCUUCUGCCCCUGAAUUGCAGGUCUGUCCCUUUGGUUUCCUCUGUACCUCAGUUGUCUUUAACGUGCUGAAAUAGGAUAACAUUUGCCUACCUCAAGAGGAGGGUAAGUAGCGCAAGUAAGACAGUGCAAGUUGAAAUGAGGGAAUGUGGAAGGGUGAAGGUGGGUUAAGGAGGACCCAGUCCAGAAAGCUCUCCAAUGCAUACCUGAGGAAUUGAAUUUGAACAGUGUGGCCCCUCUUGUAGAAGGGUGUUUUUUUACAUUGUUCCUGCACACCUCAAUAGGUCCAGAUGUUGAGUGUGCCUGUAUGUGUAAGGAUUUGGGCGUCACGGCUGAAUUUGGCAGGACUCUUCCUGCCUCCAACUGCCAUGCAAACAGAUCUAGAACAAGGCUGCCAUGCCCAGCAGAGAGUGCUUCCACUUGCUACCUCCCCACUAACAGGAUUCCUGUUUGUCUUACUAGUUGCACGAAGCGUGUGCACACACAGAAACCAACCAGAUAAAACUUCUCCUUGCUUUCUGUAGUGAGGGAAAACCAGCCCGGCUUUAUUUCUGCCUGUCCUUGCAGGUGUCAAAGGCACAGGAGCCCUGCCAACAAAAAAAUAUGGCAACCACACAACUAGCUCGUUCGAAAGGGCUGCUGCUAUGCUUCAUAAUGUAACUGAACCGCCAUCAAACUCAAGUGUCCAUUCCAAAGGUUUCAUCUGCCUGUACGAAAAGAGUCGUGCCAUUUUUAUUUUUGUCAAACCCCAAAACUUAAGUGUAUUACAAAGCAGAUGAAAGCAACUAAUGUUUUAGUUGCACUAACCAUGAAUUAAGUUGUUCCAGCCAUUAAUCCGUUGAAUAAAAUUCACAAUCGCUACAGAUUCUUGUAGCUAUUGAUCCAUGUGGAGAAGCUGACUCAAACUCCCUGCAAAUCAGGAGUGAGCUCAUCAACAAAGUCCUGGUGUGCGCAUGCGUGUGCACACACACUUACUGCCAUCAGUUGGGCUGCUUGACCCUGCUUGGGAAUUCGGCUGUGUUUCUCGCCCAGUGGGUUUGGCACACAAAGGUUUAUGCCAGAAUAAAUUUGCAUGUUCCAAAUCUAAAUAGAUUUGAGUGCUAGAAUUAUUUAAUUCUGAUCUGCUAGUUAUUCAUGCUAGGCAAGGUGCACUGUGUUCUUUAAAGGGUUUUGAAGCAUGAAUUGCACGAUAAGACAAAAUAAUGUGGAUUAAGGUAAGAAAGGCAGAGACUCCUAAGCUACAUUCAGACCAUACAUUUAAAGCACUACGAUACCACUUCUGUAGCUUCUCCCAAAGAUUCCUGGGAGCUGUUUGUUAAGGGUGCUGAGAAUUGCGAGGAGAUCUGUCUUUCCUUCACAAGUUACAAUUCUCUGUUUUCUGAAACUGUAGCUCUGUGAAGGAAAUAGGGGCCUCCUAGCAACUCUCAGCAUGUUUAACAAACUACACCUCCCAGAUCUUUUUGAGGCAAGUCAUGCUUGUUUAAAGUAUAGCUCUUCAGGUUGGCUAUAUGACUGUUCUGCCUCCCACUCCCUCCCCCCUUUUUAAUAAUGUAAUGAUGGCACUAGGUUUCUCUGUUUUGUUUUAGUUUGUCAUUGCAGCCAGAGUAUUAUGUAACAUUUAACUUGGUGUGUGGGUUUUAUAUGCAGGAAUAAUUGAUGUAAUAAAAUUUUUUGAUAUCUUAAA